UGUAUGACAAGGGUGAGAGCAGGGGGUCGUCUUGUUAUCGUCUGUUGUCGAGGACAGGAGAGUUCAUUUAUCUUCGCACGUACGGUUUUCUGGAAGUGGAUACGACGGGAACCGUAGAAAGUUUCAUAUGCGUAAAUACUUUGGUGGCUGAACAGGAGGGUCUCAAACUGAUUGACAAUAUGAAAGAGAGAUAUUCAGCACUCGUGAAAGCUUCAAAAAUGCAAACAUCGUCAUUGGAAGAUUCUACGAGCACCGUGGAAGAUCCUUUGCAAUUGAGAGAGGUGAUAACGCAUCUGAUAAAGGACUUACCCUCGUCGGAAUCUAACACCUCUCAAAGCCCCUACUGUCAAGAGAAUGAAGACUGUCCCUCAACCCCAUCGACUGAAAAAUCAUCAUCGACCUCUCCGCGUCCCCAUAUACCGUUCCAUCAGGUCUAUAUAAAACUGAAUAAUGGAAAGAGACCAUCCAACGCAGAGUUGUCUUCGAGUUCUUCGAAAAAUAAGCGCCAGAGGAGCGAGGAGGCGGACUCCUCGACUUCGCCGUCCCCGUCGUCCUCAACCUCCUCAUCCUACAAACAUCUUGCUAUAUGCAGUGAUUCGGAAGACACGAUAAAUAAUGAGGACAGGUGAUAUCUUAUGACCAAAUAAACUUUUUAAUACUGUGGGCUAUACAUACUAUACAGAGAUCUAAACUACGUAAGAAGGAAGGUAAAAUUUUAUCGAGACGCAAAAUAUUUUCUAAAAGAAAACAAAAUUUGAGAAAUUAUAUACGAACUACGUGUUGUAGUUCUUUUAUUUUGGGCCAUCGAGAAAUAUGAAAAAUCUGAAAUUGACUAAGAGAAUAUUUUCAUAUUCGUGCCAUUUAUUUCUAUGAGACUGAAAAACACUUGCAUAUAUUUAAAGACUUUGAAAAAUUUAAACGUAAAUUAUAAGAGAAUUAACAAAAAAAAAAGAAAAUGAUAAAUAUUA